UUUAUUUCGGUUAUGUUCGGGUAAACUCGACGUAUAAUAACGGUAGUGUGUAACAAUAGAAGAAAGGUAACCAAAGAGAAAAUUACUGCACUAUAUACAAGAAAAAUACUUCCUUACUAGCGGUGUAAUGCUUAGUGUCGACGUUAUCGCGCCAGUUUUCUCAAAUUAACGUCAUGGGUACCGUUACAUGCAUUGCUCCUGUUAACAUCGCUGUUAUUAAAUACUGGGGUAAACGCGACGAAAAUUUACUUUUACCCAUUAAUGAUUCUAUAAGUGUGAGUCUAGAUACAGAACAGCUAUGUGCAAAAACUACCGUUAUGAUGAGCCAACAUUUCAAAGAAGACUGUAUAUGGUUAAAUGGAAACAAAGAAAAUAUUAACAAUCCAAGAUUACAAAAAUGCUUGACUGAAGUUAGAAAAAGAGCAAAGCUUACCAAUGAGUUAAUGGAUUGGAAACUUCAUAUUUGUUCAGAAAAUAAUUUCCCAACUGGAUCUGGUUUAGCUUCUAGUGCUGCAGGAUAUGCAUGUCUUGCUUUAGCUCUUGCAAAAUUAUAUAAAAUAGAGGGUGAUAUUAGUACUAUUGCACGAGUAGGAUCUGGUUCAGCAUGUAGAAGUACUAUAGGAGGUUUUGUGAGAUGGCAUAUGGGAUCAUGUGAAAAUGGCGAUGACAGUAUAGCAAAACAAAUUGCACCGGCGUCUUAUUGGCCAGAAAUGAGGAUUUUAAUAUUAGUCAUAAAUGAUCAAAAGAAAAAACUUUCUAGUGCUGUUGGUAUGAAGAGAACCGUAGAUACCUCUGAACUUUUACAUUACCGUGCUAAAUAUGUCGUACCAGAGAGGACAGAAAAAAUCCAGACAGCAAUUAUGAACAAAGACUUCUCAACUUUUGCAGAAUUGACCAUGAAAGAUUCCAAUCAAUUGCAUGCAGUAUGCCUAGACAGUUAUCCUCCUAUUAUAUACAUGAAUGACAUUUCUUUUGCAAUUAUAAAUCUUAUUCAUUCAUAUAAUACUGUAGUUAAUGAUAUAAAGGUAGCAUAUACAUACGAUGCAGGGUCGAAUGCAAUUUUAUAUUUAUUAGAGAAGGAUAUGCCACAACUUGUAGCAAUUUUAGAUCAUUAUUUUCCUCCCGACAAUAAUAAUUUGGACAGUUAUAAAAGAGGCAUACCUAUAGAAACAAAACAACUUUCACAGGAUUUACUAGAAAAAAUAGAUAAUAAAGUCCAAGAACCAGGUAAAAUUAAAUAUAUGAUACAUACGACUGUAGGAGAUGGACCUAAGUACCUUGAAAGUCCAAAAGAUCAUCUCCUAAAUGAUCAAGGUUUACCUAUACGACUUACAAGUCCUUUAGUAUAAUUCAAUGAAUAAAUAAAUAUCAGCAUUCGUUUAUUUGCACGAAUUUUUCAUAUAUGGUUUAUUAGUACAAGGGAACUUAUGGAAUAAUAUAAUUGUUGCAGAAAA